CCUCUCACUCUCUCGCUCGUCCUACAUGAGCCACACACAACAGUGAGCCUGACUCUUAACUCCACACUAGCCACUCUGCUACACAGACAGACCCAAGAAUCACACUCUGCUCUCCUCUGUUGCGCUGCUUUUGCUCCUCUUCAUUGGAUAUUCCUCCUCGGGUGUUUCUUUUUUUAAUUUAUUUUUUGUGAAUGGGCAUCCACGGCCGGUGUGAGGAGCUUGUGAAUGGACUGACUGCCUGGCUGACUGAUUGACAGACUGGCAAAAAAGAGAGAGGCAGCUGUGUUUCAAUUAAAAAGGGCAAUGCUGAGAGGUCAAGCGAGGAGCAACAGAGCCUCUUAGUAGUCUGGAAAUACAAAGACACGUGAGGGGAAUCAAGAAACUGAAGGCACGAUCAGCAUCAGAGACAGAGAGAGGAGCAUGGUUCAUCACAGAGAAGAGGAUCUGAUCGGGAUCCCCUUCCCAAAUCACAGCAGCGAUGUUCUCUGCAGCCUCAAUGAGCAGCGGCGUGACGGGCUGCUCUGCGAUGUCAUCCUCAUCGUUCGCGACCAGGAGUACCGCACCCACCGCUCCGUUCUGGCCGCCUGCAGCCAAUACUUCAAGAAGCUCUUCACAGUGGCCACCGGUGAUGGUGGGGAUCACCAUCACGCAGCGGCAGUGUACGAAAUCGACUUUGUGGCACCAGAUUCUCUCACAGCCAUCCUGGAGUUUGCCUACACCUCCACUCUGACCGUGACGGCAUCAAACGUCAAAGAGAUCCUGAACGCAGCUCAGAUGCUGGAGAUUCCCUGCAUCAUCAACGUUUGCCUCGAGAUCAUGGACAGCGGGGGCGGAGGCGGCGGAGGAGGCGGAGGAGGGAGAGGGGAGGAGGGAGAAGAGGAAGAGGAGGAUGCGGAGGAAGAUGAGGAGGAGGAAGAAGAAGAAGAGGAUGAAGAGGAGGACGAGGGGUCGAGGAAGGAUGAGCAGGAGGACGAGGAGGACAACGUCAGCGAGAGGUCGCUGCAGUCGUCGGAGAGCAGGGGGGAGCAGACGCCUCCGGGGACGGGGGACUCGCCUCCUCCCAGCACCUCCACGUACCACCAGCAGUUUGAUCUGCACAGAGAGUCGUCACAGUCACAGUCUCCGGACACCAUGAGAGGAAAACAGGAGAGUAUGGAGAGUCGGGCUUUGAAGGAUUUCUCCAUCGAGUCUCUGCUCCAGGAGGGCCUCUACCCCCGUAUGUCAACACUGGACAGGAGGGCCAACUUCUCCCCUCUCCUCCCUGGCUUCUACCCCUCCAUGUGGGCCGCUGAGUUCCCAGCCUUCCCCAAGCAGCUCCUGGACCCCAGCCACCACCAGCAUCCCCACACCGGAGCCUCACCGCAAACCAGGCUCCCCAACACCUUCCCCACCUCUGCACCGCUGGAGGCCUCCAGGCCCCUUGAUCUAGCUGUGAAACGAGAGAUCAUAAAGGAGGAGAUGAAAGAGGAAAUCCCACUCAGUCUGCUCCACGGCAACUUCCUGAAGGACUUUGUCAGCUCGGGCCUUGGCAGCAGCAUGAACGCUGGGUCAGCACCGUCAGAAGGUCACGCUCUGGGUCCCAUAAAAGAUGAAUCUGACUUCCGGUCGUAUCUGAACUUUCUGAGCUCUGCUUCCCACCUGGGGGCGCUGUUCCCUCCCUGGCAGCUGGAGGAGGAGAGGAAGAUGAAGCCCAAAGCGUCGCAGCAGUGUCCCAUCUGCAACAAGGUCAUCCAAGGAGCUGGGAAACUUCCACGACACAUGAGGACACAUACGGGGGAGAAACCGUACAUGUGCACUAUCUGUGAAGUACGAUUUACCAGACAAGACAAACUGAAAAUCCACAUGAGGAAGCACACAGGUGAGCGCCCCUACAUCUGCCUUCACUGCAACUCCAAGUUUGUCCACAACUACGACCUGAAGAACCACCUGCGAAUCCACACAGGCGUCCGUCCGUACCAGUGCGAGCACUGCUACAAAAGUUUCACACGGUCCGACCACCUACAUCGACACAUCAAGAGGCAGAGCUGCCGCAUCUCCCGCCCCCGUCGAGGACGAAAGCCAGCUGCUUGGCGGUCUACACCCACCAGCAACUUCCUGUGCCCCCCCUCUGCCGCCCCCAACAGGUUUGAGGAGAACGGGUUGAGCCCCGCAUACCAGGGAGUCAAGAGUCACGGACUUGGGGAGAUGCUCGGGAACAGGGGUCUGGGAUUUAAGAGCGGGGACCGAGCGGGCAGGGAGAGCAGGGAGGAACGGCGAGCAGAGGGGAAGCAUGUCGCAGAGGAGGAGAAGGCGGGAGCGGGGAGGCAGAGAGGAGUGUUUGCCUUCGCCCUGGCUGGAGAAGAAGUGCUUACCCACUCUCCAUUUUAUGCUGCGACCUCUGACCCCUGGACCAUGAGACUGGAGCGUGCUCCACCCAUCCCUGAGCCGGCCAAGUGAACUGUGGAAGAAAAAACACACAAAAGACAAGAAAGAAAAGUCUUUAAUCUCUGUGUCGGUUCUGCUCCAGGAAGCUAAAGCACCUUUUUAAAAAGUGAAAGUGAGAUCAAUGAACCUUUGAAGCCUGCUGAUGUGGCAGUAGUAAAACAGACUUUUUUUCUUUUUUUUUUGGGAAGACACAGUCUAAUUAAAUAAUUUCACAGAUGUCAUGUUGAAUAAUUGUUUACAAAUAUUUCGAUAGCAUUUUAAGAGGAGGCAAACAGAAUGAGGAAAACAUAUCGGUAUGCUGUUAUAUAUAUUAUUUGCAUUAUUUAUCUACAAGGUGGUCGAAAAUGCUAUUAACUCAAAAACUACAUAAUUCUACAAUGUCCUCUGAAGCCAGAUGAGAUGAGGCGUUUAUACUGAAAAGUAUUCAUAUGCAAGAAAAUAUAAAACUACAAAUCAGAACAGGAACUAUUAAUAAAAUGUUAAAUUAGUGACUAUGAUGAAUGUAAAAGCAAUUAUUACAUGUUCAAAAAUAAUCAAAAAUGUAUUUAAAAAAAGUUAUUAUAACAUUUCAGUCUCAAAGGGAAGAGGAGGAGAUAUAAAUUAAUUAAAUACAAUUUAAAUAAACACAA